AAAAAAUAUUAUUAUGAACAGCUAAUGCAACAGGUGAAUCAUGAGUGUAUUUUGAGUUGCAUAAGUUUAACUGCCACAAUCAGCGGCGGGUUCUUUGAGGGGAUACUCAGUAGCGGCGGCAUACUUGUCACAAAAUUCCUUUUUAAUAAUUAACGGUAAAUUUACACAUUUAUUUAGUCUUUUUUCUAACUAGGGGGACCAAAUAUGAAGGCAUGGUUUACACUGAAAGUUUCACUAGAACUAGAACUAAAUUGUUGUGCAUUAAUGUACUAGUAGAUUCAUUUUAUACUGUUAUGUAUGGUGGGUUGCGAGAUGUGCUUUUAUUUUCGUUUCGCCUUUGUAACUUAUUAUGAAUUGUAGUUGUAGGUAUUUUAUUAGUUAUUUAAUUCUUCACAAACAAUAUAAUUUACAAAUAUACAAAUAGAAAAUACCAAUGUUAAGUUAAGAAGAUUUUGAGCGACCUUCUAAACCCCCAUACCAAAGAUCAUAGUGUAGUAUGAUCAAAGAGUAGCCAUACUCUUUGAUAUGAUCUUUCUUUGCCCAUACGAAACAACGUCUUCUUGCUCAAGGCACGAGUGUCUGUCCGUGAAGGCUUUCCAUAAUUUCCUGAAGAGCCACGAGAGUUGCUAUGACCCUCAAGAAAAAAACUUCGGAAAAUACUCAUGAGAGUUCUAAACAUUUUGGGUGAAACGGGAUGCAGCACCUAGGGCUCUCUGGGAGUAUGAAAUAUUGUAUAACGUUUUAUUUAAGUUCCAAAUUAAUACUAGUAUUCUUACGCCAUCUAUAUAUUUCCUUUGUAAACCCGGUUAGUUUAAAUUACAGCAUUGUAUAAAAAAUUCAAUGAUUACAGUGAACUCUAUACAAGACAGUGGUGACAAUUGAGCCCGUCCGCCAUGUUGUGGCAAAUUCAAAAAAUAGAAACCUUGAUUAUGCGAUGUGUAUAAUUAAUAAUAGAAUGUAUCACGAUAAGGAAUUUUAUUUGCUGGUUUUUAAUUAAUGUAAGAUAUAUUUGAGUGAAGGUUUUCUCUUGCGAUUUGCUUUUACCGACGCGUUUUGGCGGAUAUAUUGACGGUUUACGGCCCUCUUACUUCUAGCUUAUUCUUUUCUUCGUUAUUGUCUACCUGAUUAUUGUUACCUACAUCACUAUUCUGUGUUGGAACCGUAGAAUUUUGGAUUUCUCAAUAUUGCACAAUGUCGAAUCAAUCGCCUAAUACCUACAUUACCUGGUGACCUACUUCCAUGGAAGUUAAUUGUUUACACCUUCAUUAUUGUUCCGGUUUAACUGCAAGUAUUUAUGAAACCUUUUGACGCUUUUUGUUGCUACGAAGAAUAGGUAUAUCUUCCAAGACCUGAUUUGGUCUACGUUACUUUUGUCACUUCGAAGAUUCCUUUGUACCACGUCUAAACCUUCAAUUUGUACGGACGAUUCGUUAUCGAUCAAAAUUCUGCUGUGCUAGUCUAAAGUCAUUCUAAUUAUUGAUUCUUAUUGAGUAUUAAAUACUGUUUUAGUAUACGAGUACUUGAUUAAUUUCGAACUACCGCAAUGUUUUGUGCCGCGCUAUUGGCUAUCCCUCUUAUUCCUUCCUUUGUGUUGUUUCUGUUACAGAUAAGGCAUAAACGCGCCUUCUGAGCUCAAAAGGCCGUUACGGUCCGAGUUUCCAAAGUAAUAUUUUUAUUUUCGACAACUCCGAAUUAGGUUUUCGUGCAGUGUCUCAACGGGAGGUUCCACGACGAACCGUAAUCAUUGUCACAAUGAUAGCCUACCCAAUAACAUAGAAGAAUUGCAUUUCCUCUGUGCCAAUAAUCAUUAAAGCCUCAAAGUCGAGAACCAUCGUCAUGGUGUGAUCUGCUGCACCGGCCACCAAUCACUGAUCACAUAACCUGGCCAAGAAGAAUGGUAGCAAAACUAAACGAAAGUUACCCCUCGGCGAGAGUAUCGCAAAUUAAUGUACUUCAAGGAUCAAGCCCUACCCUAAAUGUUUCCAACUCCUCAAAAAAUUCGGAGGAAAGGGUAUCGGAAAGUGAAUCUUCCGAAGACGAAUUUCUUGUGAACUGGGGACCGGAAAGUCCUGACCCCAAUAUAUUUUUUCCCGUUGGAUGGGGCUCGCAUGGUUUGGAGGAGGAUCCUUGGAACGAUAAGAAUAAACCCUACGUCAAGCUGACGCGCUAUGAAGACUUGGAGUUAAACGAAAUGGAACAGCAAGGUGUUUUAACGGACCGCAUUCUUGCUGCCUGUUCCUCCUACUUGGAUAAAUCGCCCGAGACUAACGGAUUUGUGCUGUGCAAGGCAAAUCUUUCAAAGAAGUUCCUCAAAGACAUUAGGAUUAUUCAGUUACAUCACUUUCUUCAAUACGUCGAUUUGUCCUAUAAUGACCUAACAAAUGUGGAAUCUUUAAGUGAACUGCCCUUUUUGAUGUAUCUGGAUGUCUCACACAACUGCCUUGGAAAAUUACUGAACUUCAACCCUCCACUUUAUUUAACGUACGUUAAUUACUCGUUCAAUAAUGUGGCAAAGAUUAAUGAUCUCAGCUUGUUUUGGUCACUGGUCCAUUUAGAUAUUUCCCACAACCAAAUUAAGGUGAUUGAAGGGCUUCAAGAACUUAAAUAUUUAAAACAUCUCAAUUUGUCUUACAAUAUGAUCAAGUGCAUCGAAAAUCUGAAUCACAUGCCGCUGCUGAGUUUGAAUCUUGAAAGUAAUGGCAUAGAGACGUUUGAAGAAGGUGAAGGCCGAGGUUUAAAGACAUUGCCCGACAUUUUGAAAUUAAACUUAGACUACAACCAUUUAAGUACAAUUAAAUUCUGUGAAGGAAUGGACACACUUCAGUCUCUCACUGUGCAAGCCAACAAUCUUAGAGAUCUGUUGGAGUUAUCUUACUUGAGAAACUUAAAUUCUUUAAGUGAAGUCGAUUUUAGAGAUAAUUAUCUGAGUAGUUUAGAUCGAUAUUUCGACGCUUGCAUAUAUAACGUCAACUAUAUCUCGGUUCUUGAUGGAGAGGUUAUUGAUGCCGAGACUAAGGUGUCUGCUAAAAAUGUUUUUGAGGGAUCGAUUCAAAGUGAAGCCUUUCGGAACGCAUCUACAGCUAUGUUUAUACAGCAGUUAAACGAUCCAGUUUUAGGUCUCCCUAUUAUUCCAUUUGACAUACCUCCCGCUCCAAUUAUCAUAUUAGUUGGUCCGCCAGGUUCUGGCAAAAGCAAGUUGCUAAUCAAAUUUUGCCGGUUAAACCCGAAGCGCACUGUAAGAGGUGUAAGUCACACUACAAGACCCAAGCUUGAAGAUAACGACCAACACAGUUGGUACUAUCACGUUCAUUUGGAUGAGUUUUGGUCCAUGGCUCGCAAUGGAGAGUUUCUCACCGUGUCGCAAGUACUGGGCCAUUGCUAUGGUUUUGCUCAACAAGAAUUGGCCAAACCCGUGGGCAGUUCGUCUGCUUUGAUACUCCACAUGGAUCUCAAAGGUGCCCUAACUUUGCGCGCACAAAAUAUGAAAUGUCAUCUGGUGCUGGCAAUGCCUAGCUCGCAAGAAGUUCACAUUAGUAACAUAUUAGACAAGUACCGUGUUUACAACGAGACUAUUAUCAGUCGGAAAGGUGCACCAGAAACAAAAAGCGCCCCGUUGAAAGCAAAGGAAUUGUUGGAGAGGUACAGUACAAUCGCACAAGAAAUAGAGAAAGCUGCAUAUUAUGACAGUGAAACUUGGUCAGAUAAAGUUUCACUAAAAAGUAAAGAAGAAACGGAAAGUACAACGGAUCUUGAAAAAACCGCGAAAUAUGGAAUAUUAAAGAGCUCAAUUCACCGAACCAAAUCCGAUGGUGCACCACCGCCAAUUGGCAAAAGUGGCGGCGUUACAUUUCAAUCCAGAAUGAAGAAAAGUCGGACUUUACUACACUCUUCGCGCAGUGUCACUUUUAACGAAGAAACUACCUCUGGAGCUCCGACGCCGUUGAAUCAGAAAAGCAUUAGCGGUACAAUUCUUGGGGAAACUGAAGUUUUAAGCGUGCUAAGUAACUCAAGCGCUCCACCUACUGAGGAUAAGGCGCAGAAUCAGUUCCCGUGCCCGGCUAAAACCAUUACUGGUCCGAAUAGCAUGGCAUUUUGUGUUAAUGAAAUACUGAAAACGCGAGACUCAUAUUUGGCUUUCCAUCAGUCGAAUCCUGGAGUUCUUUUGAGUACAAUUUUCACGGACAGAGAAGAUGAGGCGUUGGAAAAGCUAAAAGGUCUACUGAAAUACUGUAUACAAGCUCAAUCGAAAUCGGCGCCAAAUUACGAAUUUAAAAAGGAUUCUGCGUACCAAGCAAUUGUAGGCGCGAGGUUAAAGUCAUUACAUCGUGAAAUCGAGAAUGAAAUGUCUAUUGGUCAAAAGCAAUUGGAUGAGUUUGCUCAUAAGACCAAGCAAGGAAAACCGUAUGAGAGCCAUUUGAAAAGGUCAACUAAAGAUGUAAUCGAGGUAAUGCGAGCCAGGCGUAAUCAGGUGUUGGGCUAUAAGCUACCCGAUGAUGUAGGGGUAGUCAACAACCCGUCACCUUUGGAUUUAUUAGACGAUUAAAUGUUUCUUUUUCUCAAAUAAAAAUAGUUA